UUUGCAAACAUGUGAGAUGUGAGUGGUGGAAAUGAAAACAAAACAAUUUGGCGUUUAAUAUAAUUUGUCUAAAUCAGACAGUGUCAUAGUUCUGAAAUAUCUCGCUUACUUGCAGGGCAACAUUUAAAUGUUGGAUUGAUAUAAGACAAUGAACGUCGACGAUGAUACCCUUUACGACGAUUCUGGUAACGAGACUAGCGGCGACGAUGUUGAUUUCGCCAUAGAAGUGGACAAUAGCCACAGAGAACUCCAGUGUUACGAUGAAGAAUAUCAAUAUGAAGUACUAUCUACCGAUGAUAUAGUUCAGCACAUGAUCGACUGUAUUAAAGAAGUUAAUACGGUCGUUCAAAUACCCUCUACUACAACUAGGAUAUUGCUAAACUAUUUCAACUGGGACAAGGAGAAAUUAAUGGAGAAAUUUUUCGAUGGAAACCAAGAUGAGUUAUUCCGAGAAGCACACGUUAUUAACCCCUUUAAGAAAGUUAAUGUAGUUAAGCCAAAGUUAUCUCUGAAAGUGUUGGGUACCGAAGAGUGCGACAUUUGCUUCAUGGUUUUCCCACCGGCACAAAUGACUGGCUUGGAAUGCGGUCAUAGGUUUUGCUAUCAGUGCUGGAAUGAAUACCUGACGACGAAGGUUAUGGAAGAGGGGGUCGGGCAGACAAUAGCAUGUGCUGCCCACAAUUGUCCCAUCCUCGUGGACGAUCAGACUGCUAUGCGUUUGUUAAAAGAUCCCAGGGUCAAGCUAAAAUAUCAACACCUCAUCACCAAUAGUUUUGUUGAGUGCAACCGGCUGCUGAGGUGGUGCCCUAGUCCGGACUGUAGUUACGCUAUAAAAGUUUCCUACGUGGAACCCAAACCGGUAGCGUGCCGUUGCAGCCAUGUAUUCUGUUUUGCCUGCGGCGAGAAUUGGCAUGAUCCCGUCAAGUGCGCCCUCCUUAAGAAAUGGCAGAAAAAGUGCGACGACGACUCGGAAACGUCGAACUGGAUAGCAGCCAAUACGAAAGAGUGUCCCAAAUGCAAUGCCACCAUAGAGAAGGACGGCGGAUGUAAUCACAUGGUUUGCAAGAACCAGAACUGCAAGGCUGACUUCUGCUGGGUCUGUUUGGGUCCAUGGGAGCCACACGGCAGUUCGUGGUACAACUGUAACAGAUACGACGAGGACGAAGCCAAAGCGGCGAGGGACGCCCAGGAAAAAUCGAGGGCGGCCCUGCAACGAUACCUUUUCUACUGUAACCGCUACAUGAACCACAUGCAGUCCUUGAAAUUCGAACACAAGCUGUAUGCGUCUGUCAAGGAUAAAAUGGAGGAAAUGCAGCAGCACAAUAUGAGCUGGAUCGAAGUACAGUUUUUGAAGAAGGCAGUGGACAUAUUGUGCCAGUGCCGCCAAACGCUGAUGUACACGUAUGUGUUUGCGUAUUAUUUAAAAAAAAAUAACCAGUCUGUGAUAUUCGAAGAUAACCAAAAGGAUUUGGAGAGGGCGACGGAACUCCUGAGCGAAUACCUGGAGCGGGACAUCACCCAGGAGAACCUCAUAGAUAUUAAACAAAAGGUGCAGGACAAAUACCGUUACUGUGACGGGAGGAGGAUGGCAUUGUUAGAUCACGUACACGAGGGGUACGAGAAGGACUGGUGGGUGUACAGUGAAUGAAAGAGGUUUUAAAUGUGGCCGCAACUCGCGGUUUUUAUUAGGAUACUUGAUUCAUUCCUGUACGGUACUAAAUAAAAAUGUAAAAUUUUAUUUAUUGCAAAAUGAAUAUAUUUCUUAUAUCUGUUAGAAUUCUUUGUGUAUUUUAAAAAUAUAUUUAAGAGGAUAUAUAUACAAUCUUUAUAUGUAGACCCUACUUUAAUUCAAGAGGGUCGACUAUUGUUUGUGUUUCAUAAGUUUAUGAAUUGUUGACUUUUUGUGGGAAAUUUAGCACGGAUUUAUACAGGGUGGAAGAUUUGAUGUAAUAAAAGCAGUUUGGUUUUC